AUGCCAGAUAAAGUUGAUGAAUACAUUUCAGAUGCAAGAAAAUUUAUUGUUCAAGGAAAAGCAUUUGAAGAUGAUGGAAAAGCAAAAGAUGCUUCAGAUGCUUACUUACAAGUGUGUCUAAUUCUCCAGAAAGCUCUUAAAGAAUUAAACCAAAAUGAUCAGCGUAGGGCUCCUGUUAAUAAAGUUCUUGUGGAAUAUACUGAUAAAGUGGAAAAAUUACGUGGUUGUUAUGUUUCAUCUAAAAUUUUAAAUGAAACAAUAGAAAUUAAUGAGGAUGACAAAGGUUAUCCAUUUUCUAAAAUUUUUGGCAGAUGUAUUGAUGAUACAACUACAGCUGUACGUAUUGAAGAUCCAUACAUAAAGUCAAAAAGUCAAACAAUAAAUUUUGCCGUAUUUUGCGAGUUUCUAGUUAAAAAUGCAAAAAAUUUAAAAAUGAUAUCAUUAAAAACAAGUGCUACCGAAUGUAAUGAUAUAGUGCAAAAUUUAAAAGAAAGUUUAGCUGAAAGAAAUAUCGUUUUAGACAUUAAUUAUGGUGAAUUCCACGAUCGGUUAAUACGAUUUAACAAUGGUUGGGAGGUUGAUCUUGGUCGAGGACUAGACAUCUAUAAAUAUUCUGCUCCAGGGUCUAUAGGUUUCACAGAUUAUAGCUUUCGUAAAUGCAAAAAAAAUAGAAUUCGUAUUUUCAAAAUAUUACAAUGA